UGGCCGCGCGAGCCAAGUUGCAGGUCGAGUGACCAUCGGAUCAUGGCAUCUACCUGCAUACAACUACUACUGGCUACUAGCUACUAGUCUACUACUUCGACACAAUCUCCUCAACACUCCCAAACUUAUCUAUCGCUAGCUUUGUGCCACCAGAAUCAUCUCUGCCAAAAAGAAGAAAGAACGAAACGACCUCGACAUGUCGACCAUGAACGCCGUAGCUUCCUCUUCCGCCUUUCAACCUCAACCCCAAACUAACGGUACUCACACGCCUUCGACUCCGAGAACGGCAGGCGGAUCUGGCAUGACCAAUGGAUUCGUCUACCCUGAGCCUGCUCCGUCGGUUGCUCCCAGUCAGAACGGUCAGGCCGAUGUUCCGAGCUCGAGCCGAGGAGGGAUCGUUAUGCAACAAGACCCUGGUACCGUACACGCAAUGAACGUCUGUGCUUCGAUCUGGGACACGGGUCCAGAAGGGCAAAUAUUCCGACAUCGUGGUCCAGGCCAGUCCGCCUACUUUGCUCAUUCGAUGGACAUGUCGGCGCCUCAUGAGCCCGUACGGAUAGCACUGGUCGACCCGGAGAUUACGGACGAGGCGAUCGCGAUCUGUCUGGGGUAUUUGUACGCACCAUUCGCGGUCAACCUCAUCACCCCUAUCAACGCCCGUCCCGUCCUUCUCGCUUCCAUCCUCCUCGCUCUCCCCGAUCUGAGUUCUCUGGCGUACGACCUCUGCCGAAAGUCCAUCCAGGUCGAUUCCGUUCGUUCUUGGAUCGAGUGGUGUGAUGCGAGGGAGGAACAAGAGAUCGUCUCUUCCCGCACCGCCAAACGGGAUGGGGGUGACGAGAAUGAGGGGAGUCAAGAGGUCGGGUUUGGUGGGAUCGCCAACUACAUCAACGGGAGCUUGGCCAGUGCCAUGGGAUUGAGCGCGGGGGGCAGAAGCGGGUCGGUCACACCGUCUUCGGAAGCCUCGGUCAAGGCGGGUGUGGCUUGGGUCAAUGGGAAUGACGAAGUACAGCAGGACGACUGGGUAGGGCGAUUGAGGUCGGACGUGAAAAAUUACUUGUCCCACGGCUACGCGCAGGAACUCGCUCGGAACUCGCCCGAGACGCCCCUUGCCACCAAUCCCGAAUUCCUUGCCACUUUUACCUUGCUCCCCUUUGAACUCUUCAAAUCUCUCCUCGAGGACGCUUCGUUCACCGCGCUCGGGUCCGAUCAAGAGAGGUUCGGCUUUGCGAGAAAGAUCAUCGCCUCGAGGAGGAAGAGGGCUCUGGCUUUGGCGAACGCUCGUGGUGGGCAAGCGGUCAAUUCGGCACAGGCGAAAGCGCAGGUCCCAGUCGAGAAUGUCGUCUUGAGGUUCGGCGGGGGUAGCGGGUCGAAUGUCCACGUGACGAGAAAGACGCAGGCGAGGGCCUUGUGGAAGGUAGAGAAGGAUGCUUGAGGAGGUGCUGCGACAAGACACAGAGACCACAAUCGAUCGGUAUUUGAAGGCCUUGCAAAAAAUGGGGAUGAGGAUUCGUUAUCAUGAAAGGGCUGGAGAGUCGAGCAGGACGCUUGUGGUUUACGAACCAAUCAUACGAUAAAACAAUCAAGAGUAGUAUAAUCCGAUUAAUCCAAAUUCAUCGAGACUCGGCUCACACGGCUCUUCGUACAUUUAUGCAUACAAUUUCCCACUCGG